AUGACGAACGGAUCGUGCUUUUGUGGAAAUAUCAAAUACAAGUUCUCUGGAGAGCCGAUAGCCAAGAGCAUCUGCCAUUGCCUGAGCUGUCGUAAAAUCACCGGCUCAACCUAUACCACCAACUUUAUGCUUCCCGAGUCGAGCUUUUCGCUAGUAUCCGGCACGCUCAAGAAGUGCACUGCGAAACAUGAAAACGGGAUGGAUCUCACGCUCAACUUUUGCGAAAACUGUGGAAUCACGAUUUACAAGACAGCCAAUUUGAACAUCUUUGACGGCGUGAUAGUUCUGCUGGCAGGAACGGUGGAUGAGGGGCAAGGGGUGGAGAAGGCAAAGCCUGAGAGGGAACUGUGGGUGAAAUAUCGAGGAGAUUGGUUGGCUCCUUUGGAGGGGGUGGCGCAGGAUCAGGAGUUCCCUAGUUAG